UGAAAGUGUAACAAUGAAAUUCAUUUUAUUUUUAUUAAUUGUUAUUCAACUAUUGAAUGGAUUAUUGUGUAAAUAUGAUAAAGAAUUAUUACGGCGUGAUUCAAUUGUUUAUGGAUUAGCAACCGUUAAUUAUACGAACGUAAAUGAUGCUUCGGUAUCAACGUGUUCGUUGCAGUUACAACAAUUCGUUGAUGGAGUUAAGAAUCAAUCUUUAUGGGCUUAUAGAUUGAUGGAUUCGAGUGGUAUACCUGAAGACGGUUUUCUAUGGGGUAAUAAUUUCUGGUUAGGCCGAGAAACAUUUUGCUAUUUUUCUCAAAGACGUAAACCACUUCCUAUUAGUGAUAAAUAUCCAACAUAUCAUAAUGUCACUGAAACUGAUUACUUUCCAUAUUCAGUUGACUUUUUCGGCGCUUACGUUACGCAUAAUUCGACGUUACAACAAAAAGUUCAUAUUUAUACCGAGGACACUAUCGACAUUGGCCUAUGUUUACCAUCAGUUUGUGAACAUAAGGAAAUUGCCGAACGUCUACAAUUGUAUUUAAAUGAGAAAAUAUUAAGUGUACAAAGUUUAUACGAUUUAGAUUUGGAGGUAACACGAAUUAAAAGUGUUCGAGAUGAUUUUCGAUGGAUGACUACAAAAAAAUUUUUUAUAAUGGUGAUACUUGUUUCGCUAUUAACAAUAUUAACAGUUGUUGGCACUACAUAUGACGUAAUUAUAAAUCAACCAAUCCAAAAAGCAAAAAAACGACUUGAAGAAAACAUCCAAAAUGAAAAACUUCAUACAAUUAGCGGAAAAGUGUCAUACGGACCUCCAGAAUUAAUUCAUGCUAGAUCAAAGAUAUCCAUUUUACAAAAUGAAAAUAAAACACCAAGUUUAUGGGCACAAUUUAUUUUAUGUUUUUCAUUUUACUCAAAUUCAAAAGCUGUGCUUCGAACAAAAUUGGGUGAUAGUGGUUUACCCUGUGUACAUGGAUUACGUUUUGGUAGUAUGUUCUGGGUAAUUGCUGCCCAUUCGAUGUUUUACGCUGGUGAAUUUACAAGCAGUAGAAUUUUAGCUUUUACUGUGUCGGAAGUAUUUUUUACACAACCAUUGGCUAAUGCACAAUUAUCGGUCGAUAGUUUCUUAUUUAUAAGUGGAUUCUUAGUUUCGUAUUUAUUUUAUAAAGAGAAAUUCACAAAAAUUGGUAAUAAAGCUAUUUCAUUGGGAAAAACUUUCCUAGAAUUUAUUAUGGUUGCAUUAAACAGAUAUUUACGGCUUACUCCAAUCGUUAUAUUUGCAAUUGUAAUAUAUUCUGUAAUUUAUGAAUAUUAUGCGAACACAGCAAUCGUGGAAAUGGGCGAAGCAGUACAUGAGAAAUGUUCCAAAUAUUGGUGGCGUAAUUUAUUAUACAUUGGAAAUUUAUUUGAUUGGGAUGAGCUAUGUUUAUCGUGGAGCUGGUAUUUAUCAGCUGAUAUGCAAUUCUUUUUAAUUUCAUUGAUUUUAUGCUUUUUCUCAUUAUUUUUAUUAAAAACAUCGAUAUUGAUUAUGAUUUUAUUAAUUAUUGCUUCAUGUUUAUACACAACAUAUAUUACAUAUGAAGCCAAGUUUAUUCCCACAUAUGAUGAAACCGUAAAUAAUUUGGGUCCAUUAUAUUCACGUCCAUGGAUUCGAAUUGGCCCAUAUUUAGUUGGUGUUAUAACCGGAUAUUUCAUCGUUAAAAUUAAAGGGCACUUGGAAAUCAAAAAGCCUUUAUUGGUAUUUUUCUGGAUUGUUGGACCUUUAUUGAAUUUAUACAUUUUAUUUGCACUUGUGAAUCGAAAAAUCGACGUCGUAUAUUCAGCAUUCUAUUCUGGAUUCCAUCGUACUUUGUGGGGAGUUGGUUUAGCAUGGUUAACUGUUGCAUGUAUCACCAAUCAUGCUGGUAUUAUUAAUAAAGUAUUGUCAUGGCGUGGUUUUAUACCGUUGAGUCGUUUAUCCCUAUGUGCAUAUUUGUUGAAUCCGUUUAUAGUCACAUUCUAUAAUUUAAACAACGAAAAGGGAGCUUAUUUAACGUAUAUUCCUGUGGUUGUACUUGGUACUGCCGAUGUAUUGUCAUCAUUUUUCCUCGCCUUCUUUGCAACAGUUUUAAUUGAAUAUCCAACAAGUCGAUUAAUUAAACUCGCAUUUGCAAAACAGAUAGCAAAACGAUAGAAAUUAAAUUACUCAAAUAGAAACUGCACAAUGUUAACGAUGAAUUCGAGACUGGGUCAUCAUUGGUUUACCAAGCUUUGUGUUGCCAGCCUUUGCUUAAGCCUUGACUAAUGCUAAUAAAUAAAGUCUUGUCAGUGUUUUCUCGAGCCUUGGCUAAGGCUAUUAAAUCAAAGCUUGAUUUUCCAUCCCUUGCCCAAGCCUCGGCCAAGAUUAAUAAAUCGAGCCUUCAUUUGUCGGUCGUUAUUCAAUCUUUGGGCGAAGCCAAUAAAUCGAGCCUUGGUAUUCCAGUUCUUGUUCAAGGUUUGGUAAAGGUUUGGUACAAACAUUGAUACGAUGCUAUCACUCGACGCUAAUUCGAGACUUAGUCAAUCUUAUAUUCCAAGUAUGGCCCAUUCUUAAACAAUCUUCGCCCAGGCUUGACCCAAUGUUGGUCCAGCUAUUAUUUUGAAUGGAGGUUGUUUAAUUUAAAAAUUUUAUGCGGUUUACCAAAUAAUUAGGAAAUGUUUGUUUAGAUUUGACUUUAUAA